GAUGCGGGGGCCCUCGUACUCGGAGGCUCAAUUGCUAGCUCUGAAGGAAUCUCCACUGGUGAAGAAACCCGAUGGCCUGCCCUCAAUCUCACAAUGGAUGGACGUGCCUGCCGACCAGACCGCCAACAAUGGCCACACCAACAAUAACAACACCAACACCGCCACCAACAACGGCACCAUGCGUCGCACUCGAGGUGCUCGGGACGGAGAAGGUGCCGCGGCAAACGAGCAGCGGCCGCUGCACAACCCCAUGGGUCAAUUUGGUCGGCGCCAGAGCAUGCAACCAGGCGAAGAGACUGUGCUUGGUCCGCCGAAGCUAGCCUUCCUCUCCGCCCGUACCCCGGCAAAGGCAGCAGGUGACGCAAAGGAGCGUGCAGGCUUCCCUUCUACAGACGCAGACAACGCUGGAGAUCGCCUCCCCAAAAACGACCGGUGGACGCGGGACCGUGAGAACGACCGGACCCGAGACAAGGGCUAUACCAAUGGACGCCGUGCCCCGCGAGACGACGGCGAGGGCUGGACCAAUGUCAAGGGCCGCAAGAGCCUGGGCCAGGAGGACUUUGAGCGCUUUGGCCGUAACGGCGACCGCAACCGUGAUAAGCAUGAGGGUGACCCGGAGGCUGACAUGGCACCACGCCGCAACAACAACCGUGACCGGAACGAGCCGCGGUGGGGCCGCCGCGAUGAAGGCAGAGAUGAAGGAGCAAAGACUGGCGCUCCGGGCGGCUGGCGUGAGCGCGAGCGAGACCGAGAGCGUGACAGCGGCCGCGACUGGAACCGGGGCGGGAACCGUGGCGAGGACGACCCAGAAUGGAUGGACACCAAGGUGGAGAAGAAGGAGUUCAAGCCUCGCACACAAGAAGACUUCCAGCGCUGGAAGGAGCAGAUGAGGGCCAAAGACACACCAGCCGGCGACAAGGAUGAGUCGAGAGAGACGCCAGCUGAGAUGUCCUCUGCCAGCGCUAUUGCUCCCGGGCCCAUGCUGACUGCGCCUUUGCACACGCCUUCUGCCGCCGAACCCACGCAAGGUAUCCUUUUUGGGAACUGGGGAAGAGACAAAUCGGCAGAGAUGCCACCUCCAGAGAUCAUCUCAGCAAAACCACGACCCGACAAGAAGUCGAGGUUCAUGACCAUGUUUGCCAAACCCGAAGAGUCAGCAUCUCCCAUUCAGCCUCCUGAGCCAUACUCUGGGUCCCCUGCGCCUCCAGUUGAAGCAAAUGCCGACAAGGAAGGCUUUCAGCGUAUUCUGCAGAUGCUUGGCCAGGUCAGCACGGGCGGGUCUCCAGCUCCCCAACCUCAAACAAGCAUGCCCACGCCACCAAAUGGUAUGAGACAUGGCGGUGGCAUCUCACUCGACUUUCAUCAACAAUCUCCUCCACCAGACCCGCAACAUGGCAGGCCACCGCCCCCACGAACGCUCGAGCAGCAGAGUAUUCUAGAAAACAUUUUGGCUCCUCGCCCUACAGACUCUCGUAUUGCGCAGCAAGCACGCUUCAACGGCAUGCCAUCAGAGAACACACACCCCGAUCAGUUCAGACUUGCCCGUCCCGGCUCUGGCCACCCAGAAGAGCACUACGCCCACCAGCCGCCGCCGCAACGGACUAUUUCUCAGGACGCCAAUCUUACCGCUCUCCUCAACAGCCGAGCGAGGGAAGAGUCGCAGCGCGACCAAGCAACCAAGCAGCGUGAGCGCGACUUCUUGCUGAAUCUCAUGCAGCAACCUUCUCGCAGUACACCGCCCCAAGCGCAGGCUCAUAAUUUGCCUCGGCCAGCCCAGGAAAAUCCCAACAUGGCUUUCUUUGACCAACAAAGACAGCAGCCCCCACCACAAGGCCAGCAGCAGCCCAAGGGCCGUGGAGGUCCUCCUCCAGGAUUCAUGGAAGACCCUCGCAUGUUUACAGAAAGCGAGAUGCUGCGCCGAGAUGCCGCAGAUCGCCGCGAGCAAAUGGAAAUUCGACAGUUGCAGCAGAUGCAACAACAGGAGGCUAUGCGUUCAAAGAACCCCCGCAUGCCCAUGGGAUUCCCCAACCCCGACGAGUCCCUCAUGGGUCUUCAACGCCGUAAUACAGGGGGCGACCCUCGCAUGCCUACCAACAUGGGUAUUCCUUCGCAGCCCACUCCCGACAUGCAGUACAUGGGCGGGCGAGGUCAGCCUGGCAUGCCGCCAACACCCCAGGAGCGGCCAAAUAUUGCCCCACCACCAGGCUUCGGCGGCCCGAUGCGUCAACCGCCCGGUCUUGGCGGUCCUACUCCUCCACAAAUGGGUCCUGGAGGACCGAGUUUCUCUGCUGGAAAUACACCGCUUGGGCAUCCUCCUGGCUUCCCACCUGGUGGUAACAUUCGUGGACUAGGUUUCCCAGGAGGACCAGGAGGACCCGGGGGUAACGGAAUGCAAGGGCCUCCAGGCUACUUCCCACCACCGGGCUAUGGCGGACCCCCAAUUCCAGGUAUGCGUGGUGGAGACGAUCCACGACUCAUGUUUGACGGCCAAUUUGGCGGGCUUCCUCGACAGCAGCCAGGUCGUCCAGGACCACCAAAUAUGUACUAAGAGGAAGAGGAAGAGGAAGGUGUUGACAAGGAUGAAGAUGAAGAGAAGUGCGAAAGAGAUUGGUACGCAAAUGGCAUUCAACAGAGAGCGAUACAGGGAGAGAGAGAGCGCGCGCGAGAAAGAGAAAGAGAGAGAACCUUUGCUUGUUUACUCUUUUCUACUACCUACUACUUACUACUUACUACUACUACUACUACUACUACUACUACUACUGGAACUUUGCACAAAAAGGGCAAAUAUUUACGGGAGGCGAAGGGCGGCGAGCAUGUGUUGAAGGGGGGCAAUUCAAAUCAAAUCAAAGCAAAUCAAAGC